AUGGAUAUUAUAGAUAAUAUAAAAUCAAACAAAGCUUACGUGAAGUCCAAAAACAUAGUAAAGAAUUGGGAAAAUGAAUUUAAAAUUAAGAAUUCUCGUUUACCUUCAAAGUUUGAUAUAAAAGAAGCCCCGGCGAGUAUUAAAUAUGCUUAUAAAAAGUAUUUUCAACUUAAAAGUGCAGCACUUGAAAAUUCAUUGUCUAUUUGUGACAUAGAUGAUGAGCCUCUAAAAUCGCCAGAAUCAUUAAGGUUAACAGAAUGGUCAACUAACACCGCAGAAGACGACAGUUUUCAAGAAAUACCGAUGCCAAUGUUACCUUCUGACAAAGAAUUAGAUAGAAUUUUAUCUGUAAAACAAUCAAAAGAACCACACGUUACUCAAACUAAGUUCAGUGAAAAUUUAUCUAAGAAAUUAUUUCACAAUCGAAAGUUUUCCAUUCGAAAUCCAAGGAAGUUAUCUGUGUCUAGAAGUUUUUCACAGCCAAAUAAUGAUAAUUAUUCAGAAAACUCAUUUGAACAACAAAAUACCAGUUUGUGUUUAUCUUCACCAAGUAGUCAAUUGCAUGAAAACACAGGGGCUAAUUCUAUUUUUAGCAGUCCUGAUAGUUCAUAUUGUAAUAAUAAUAAUAAUGAAAAAACUGAAAGCAGCCUAUGUUCUAAUUCUAGUGUACUUGACAAUAAAAGGUCUAAGAACAAUAAUAUUAAAGGAAUGUUUACUUCUAUUAAUUCCUUAAAUGAUUCUGCAUCUUCAGUGAGACAAUUAAACUCAGGAUGGCUUCAGAGAGCACUUGGUACAUCAGAACCAAAUAAAGAAUCUAUUAAAAGUAUUACUCAAAGUUAUGAAAAGUUAGGUUUAAGUAAUGUUACUAUUCAAAACCUGCCCGAGAAAAGUGCUGAGUAUGUAGAAAACAGUGCAUCUGAAGAUGAAGAUGAAUCUCUAAAAAAAUUAAAACCAGCCCUCAAAAAAAGAAAAAUAAUGAUAGAGCAUAAGACAACUGAGAGUGAGAGACACGUGAAUAUUAAUACAGAUAAAAGUGAUAUAUUACAAAGCAAAAAAUUCAAAGUUAAAAAAUCUAAAAAAAAUUAUACAGUUAAAAAUAGGGUAGAGUCAAGUAAUGAUAAUAUAAAUGCUGACCCACCUGACAUUUCAGAAUAUUUACCCUUUGGUUUAAAAGAAGUUAUUACUCCCAGGCACUCUAAUGUUACAGACAUUCUCGACUUUGUAAGUGACAAGCAAGAUCAAGAAAUAAAAAAUAGUAAAAGUAAAUUAGAAGUUCAAUUAGAAAAGAAGAUUGAAAAUGGAUCCUUAAAUGAAAAUUUUGUUAGAAUUAAUAUAGAAAAAAAAGUCUAUGCUAGAGGUAAGAAAUCAAUGAAGUAUUCCACAUAUAAAAAAAAAUUGUGGAAGGAUAAAAAAGCUCUACACUCUGGUAUGGAAUUUCCAGAAGCUGGUAAAAUUACCUGUUUUAAAUGUGGUCUUACUGGUCAUAUGGCCCGUUACUGUACAAGUCAAAAAGAAAAUGCCUUACUUCCCUUAAAUGAUAACUGUGAAGAAAGUGAUAUGCCUACACUCGAAGAUAUGGAAAAAAUUGUAAAUAAACCAUCUAAUACCACCACUGAGGAUGAAUUGCAUGCUUGUCUUUAUGAGGCCAGUAAAAUACCAGAAACUUUUAAAAUGUUGCUUGAUACACCAAGUGAAGACUACAUCAAACCAAUUCUUUCUAGCCCUGAUGAUGCAUCUGAAGAGUUAUACAAUGCGCUAGAGUUGUUUGGUCAUAAACAAUUUCGCCCAGGUCAAGAAAAAGCAAUAAAGAGAAUAUUAUGUGGGCUAUCCACUUUACUCAUAUUAUCAACAGGAGGAGGAAAAUCUUUGUGUUACCAAUUGCCUGCAUAUAUUUAUAGUAAAUAUUAUAAAUGCAUAACAUUAGUUAUAUCUCCACUGGUAUCAUUAAUGGAAGAUCAAGUAUUAAGUAUGCCAGAAUUUCUAAAAGCAGGUUGCUUACACACAAACCAACCACCUACUCAGAGGCAAAAAAUUGUUGAAUUAAUAAAGGAUGGUCAGAUUAAUAUAUUGUUAAUUUCACCCGAAGCACUUAUUUCUAGUGACACCUCAAAUGGAUUUUCAGGUUUAUUUAAAUCUUUGCCUCAAAUUGCAUUUGUUUGCAUUGAUGAAGCCCACUGUGUCUCUCAAUGGAGCCACAAUUUUAGACCUAGCUAUUUGAUGAUUUGUAGAGUUUUGAAAGAAAAGUUAAACAUUAAAUGCAUUCUUGGACUUACUGCAACAGCCAGCAAGACAACAAUAAAAAGUGUUAUAGAGCAUAUCAAAGUCCCAGAUGGUGAAAAUGGGGUUGUGAUAAAUCCAUCACUACCAAGUAAUUUAUAUCUGACCAUGUCUUUUGAAAAAGAUAAAGAUAGGGCAUUAGUAGCAUUGUUGGGAUCUGAAAAGUUUAGUUCAUUUGAUUCUAUAAUUGUAUAUUGCAUAAGAAGAAAUGAGUGUGAGAGAAUAGCUGCUGUGAUAAGAUCCUGUUUAUCUCAACCAGGUAAGAUUAAUAUGGAGCCACAAAGUAAGAAACGUAAAAGAAUGUCAUACAUUUCAGAAGCAUAUCAUGCUGGCAUGUCAGCUGCUCAACGUAAAAAAAUACAAAAACAUUUCAUGGAUGGCACACUUAAAAUUAUAGUAGCAACAGUUGCUUUUGGUAUGGGUAUAAAUAAGUCUGACAUAAGAUGUAUUAUUCAUUAUAAUAUGCCACCUAGUUUUGAAUCAUAUGUUCAAGAAGUUGGAAGAGCUGGACGGGAUGGCAAACCAGCAUACUGUCACGUUUUCCUAAGCCAUAACAGGAAUAGCGACAAAAAUGAAUUGUUGAAACAUAUUUAUUCUAAUUCUAUUGAUAGACCUAUUAUAAGAAAACUAGUCCAGAAAGUGUUGCUUCCCUGCAAGUGUUCACCAGCUUCUGACUAUAGUGAUGAAAAUAUAGAAAAAGUUUUUAAGUGCCAAGGACAUGAAGUUGGAAUACCAAUUGAAAAUACAGUUGAAGAACUUGAUUUACCAUCAGAAAAUAUAUCUACUCUUUUGUGUUACAUAGAAUUGCAUCCAAAACACUAUAUUAAAGUAUUAAAUAAUGCUUAUACUAUGUGUAAAAUAUCCUCAUAUGGUGGCCCUAUUAAAAUACUUGAAGCUGCUAAAAAUAGUCCACCACUGGCAAUGGCAUACUUAAUUGAAGGUAAAAGAAACACUGAGGUAGUUAAUCAAAGUCUAUUAGAAUUUAAUGUUAUAGAAGUUGCUGCAGCUUUAGGUUGGGAAAGUGGCAUGACAAAAUACCAUUUGAAAAACUUAGAAUGGAAUGUUUCUAAUGGUAUAUCCAAAAGAUCAUCUUUAAAAGUUGAAUUUCAUACUUUAGGCUUUAAAGUUAAAGCGCAAGGUGAUCUUAGUUCCUCUGAAUUAGAUGGACUAUUAGAUGAUUUGCAUAACAUUGUAUUAAAUCAAGAAAAACAAAUGUUAUAUCAACUUGAAGAAAUAAAUAAUUCAUUCAAUCAACUUUGUACAACAACAGGUGAAAUAUCUCAUAUGUCAGACAACACUCUUCAGGAAAAGUCUGAUUUAUUAAAAAGUAUUAUAAAUAACUACUUUGCAAGAGAGGAAAAUUUGCCCAGCAAUAUAGUAAUUGAACCACGUCCGCUAGAUGUUGAACAAAUAAUAGCUGAUGUGAGAGCACUUAUUGCAACAUAUAAGGAUUGUUCAUUUUCGGGUAGAAGUAUAGCAAGAAUAUUUCAUGGGAUUUCAUCGCCCAACUAUCCUGCCCUGGUAUGGGGCCGAUGCAGGUAUUGGCGUUUACAUAUAGGAGAAGAUUUUAAUGGUAUUAUAAAAAUUGCGACUCAACAAAUAAUUCAAAUGAAAAUGUAA